UUCCCAGAUUCUCUUGCCAGUCUUGGUACCAAGCGCACUGCCUCACAUUCUGUGUUUUUCGUACAGGUACAGGUAGUGUUCCUUCAAUGUGUCUGGAAAGAGGAGGACUCCACUGCAUGACAGGCUUCCUCCUGUGAUACCUUGUAUUGCGUGGAGUAGAACAAGAUUUUCUUGUCUCUUGGCGAGCUGUCACUGGCGAGGAUUUUGUCGCCACGACGGAGGUGUGUCAUGGAUGCUAUAGAGGACGCAUGGAUCUGUCUGAGGAGAUGACGAAGGCAGAACGCCAUCGUAUGGUCAAUACUAAUUACGGCCCAGGCGUAGGGCCGGCUCGCCGCUUUGCCAAAGUCCUAUGGUGGAUUUUCUGCUCUUUGAUUUCGCUAUGGCGACUCGGAGCGGCGACUGCAAGUCAACUUGCAAUGGAAGAUGUCAAGUACGAGCAGACGAUGUCCAGUGGAUACUCAGUGUCGUCUGUGUGCAAAAAUGGAAGUAUUGUCUGCACGCUGCACGAUAGUAACGAGACGGCAUGCUGGAAAUGCGAUGCUUCCACAUUCAGCCCUCGUCACCUGUUUCCGCUGGUCGGAAGCCAGGAUGCUCUGGGCGGAGUGUGGCUGUCUCAUCCGGGAAAUGACAGUGCCAUGCUGCAAAGACGGAUCACAGCAAGAACGCAUUCACUUCGCAGCAGUAUAUUAUUCUACCAUAUACCACCGAUGAGUGCCACUAUGUUCUACUCAAAUGACUAUGGGCGAACAUGGUACACGGAUGGUGUGAGUGAAGCAUCUACAUCCAUUUCGGCAGGGAAUGACACGUUUGUUGCCAUUCCCGGAGCCUGGAUCGAUCAUAACGAAACAUUCACUCUCCAACACAAGCCGUUCAGAAUAUCACCGACCCGAAAGGUCACGUGGUUCAUAAACUCAAAUCGAUCGGGUUCACCAGGACUGUUCGUCACCGACCUGAGGAUUGAGUUGCGGGCAAAUUUCAGUGACUCUCAGUCAUAUCCCGAUUUUAGAUGGCAGUAUAUGGCUGCAGCGAAUUGGACUUCAGAACAAGUGCAUUCCGCUGCAUCAUCAUCAGGGACUUGCGGAGACCGGCAGUGCCAUGCCGCGGCAUACUGCGCUCGUGCGGGCAUGAGCGCACCUGAAUGCCGUUGCUUGAGUGGGUAUACCGGUGAUGGUGUACUCCACUGUACUGAUAUUGAUGAAUGCUCGGAAAUUGGGUUCAGUCCUAACCUGACCACAAGUCUAGAGCAGCUCUAUGACCCGCAGCCAUUGGUCAAUCGCACGUCGCCAUGCCACCCGGAUGCUCGCUGCAUAAACACACCAGGAUCGUUUUCCUGUCAGUGUUUGGCUGGUUUCAGCGGCGAUGGAGUCAACACUUGUGAUGACAUCAAUGAAUGUAUGAUGCUGAUCUUCCCAACUGUACCUGCUACUGACUUUGUCUCGACAACACGGCCAACAUCAAUUCCGAAUUCACCCACCCCUGCACCAACUAUGGUUGUCUUGAGUGGCAGUGGAAGUGCCUCAGCUGACAUCUUCAGUGGCUCAGGUGAUGACAUGAGUAGUGUAGGUUCCGUUGAUACCUCCGUUGCUGCCAGGCCGUCUGACUCCCCUAGCUCCGGUGUUGGUUCGUCUUUCACCCCAACAUCAACCACGGUCAUCGUGAGUGGCAGUGGAAGUGCCUCAGCUGACAUCUUCAGUGGCUCUGGCUCAGGUGAUGACAUGGGAAGUGUGAGAUCCGUUGGCUCCAGGCCAUCUGAUUCUCCUAGCUCCGAUGUUGGAUCGUCUUUGACUAGAGUGUUCCCCAGUAUAGUCUCUGAAGCUGUCCUCAUCCCCACAGGCAGCCAAACAGUCAUGAGCACCCCAACACAAACUCUACUGGCACCAGAAGUCACAGCAACACGGGCAUCAACUCCAACAGCGGGCAUUUCAGCUCCAUCCUUGAAUCCCACAGUAGGCACAACACCAACACCCACCGCUAUAGCUCCUAGUGUCAUGCUAACACCCACACCGACCGUAGCCACGGUCACUGCCAUCCCGGUUUCAUUGGAUAUACCCACCAGUACCAUUCUUGCCCCGACCGUGCGCACUAGUGUUCUGGCAACUCCAACACCCGCCAUGCCUACUGCUACUGGCAGUCCGACUGAAGUAACAAGCUCUGAUCCAAGUGGUCCACCUGUGCCGCUUGGCUCUGGCUCUGGCUCCGGAGAAAUGCAGUCCAGCCCAGCAAGUAAUGACAGUGUUGGUGAUACUGAUGACACUAGCUCAGUGCCUAGUACCGCAGACCCCAGUGACAAUGGAGGCGCCAGCAAUGGCGGGGAAGCUAGUGUAAGCGGCUUCUUUUCAGCGUUUACAAGCGUAAUCGCCAAUACAUUGUGGAGUACGGAUGCAGCGUCAACGCCAACCGAUUCCUCAUCUAUGGGAGAUAAUCGCUCCAGCCCAGAGUUUGACACCUUGCUGAGUGGCAGUGGGUCUUCUGCCAGUGGAAUGACUGGACAAGAACAAAACGAUUCCUCGGGGUCCACUGUAGCAGAUUCCAGCACUGCAGAUUCGGAUGACAUUGAUUUGUCUGGCAUGGGAUCAUCGCUAGGGCCGUUGUCCGGUGAUGGGCAGAGUCAUCAGUCUCCAGAUGACACUUCAGCUUCAGAUGGUGCUGACGACUUCGAUGUUCAGCUCUCCGAUAGUACACCUGACUCUGAUAUUGUUAUGUCUGGCUCUGGUGCACGGUUCAAAAGCUCCAGUGGCAGCUCUAGCGAUGAAUCAUUGGUAUCUGGAUCCACUUCCUUGUCUGGCGAUGGAGAUGAAUCUGCUGAAAACAGUGCUGCUAGUCCUGGCUCCUCAGCAUCUGGCAGUGGAACUUUCAGUGGUGUUCAAGAUUUAGGUGAAUCGGCCUCCGGUAGUAGUAGCAGUGUUAGUUCUGGCACUGCCAUGUCCGGCCUAGGCUCAGGCAGCGGAGAUGUACAAUCAGGUGUAUCAAUGUCAGGUGGCGGCGGGGAAAGUGGUGACAUGAACGAUGACGGUUUCUCCACAUCUGUUCCCAUGACAAGCGGUGAUGGUGGACAGUCUGGCAGCGGUGCCAUCUCCGGAAGUGACAGUGGCGUUUCCUCCUCCUCGGGUACUAGUUCAUCCGGUUCUACGAUGUUCGCAUCCGGUAGUGGCUCAGAUAUAUCCGGAAGCGGUUCUGGGAUUUCAACCGAGGAUCCAGCCCUCCCUACAGAUCAGCCACCGAUUCCGUUUACAACACCAUGUUCUAUGCUGGCAGUGUGUACUAAUCUACCUGGAUCGUUCAUCUGUGAAUGCCAAGAGGGAUUUGUCGGUGAUGGAUUCCAGUGUAUCAGGGCACGGUGUCCUAUUCUGUCCGAGCUCGAGAAUGGUGCAGUAAACAGGUCAAGGGAAGGAGGUCGUUUCGUUAAUGCCACCCUAUCCUACAUGUGCAAUUCUGGCUAUCGUCUGAUGGGAGCUGAGCUCUUGACAUGCGAACUCUCCGGCAACUGGAGCAGCGAUCCGCCACAGUGUGUGGAUAUUGAUGAAUGCAUGGAACGGUCAUUCGAGUACAACCUGACUGCAACGGGCUUGGCGCUGCCGUACGAGCCGCGGCCAUUGUUUAACCGCUCAUCGGCAUGUCAUCCGAACGCUGUGUGCACCAAUGUCCCAGGGUCUUUCCUUUGCCAGUGUUUCCAGGGCUUCAGUGGAGAUGGAUUCAACUUUUGUGAUGAUAUCAACGAGUGUAUGAUGCUGGUCUUCCCAACCAUGGCCGUUACAUCUAGUCCCACCACUGGAUCCGCAGCGACUGAGUUACCAGCAAGCGGGUCUGGAUCCGCAAGUGGCGAGGUCAGUGUGUCGGGUAAUGCUUCAGGAAGCGGCGAUAUGUCCGGGGAAGGCUCUGGGAUUGGAUCUUCCGGUAGUACAACUCUUGGGCCACUACCGUCACUGAGUCCUUCACCAGGCCCAACAGCAACUGAUAUACCGCUCAGAGGGUCUGGAUCUGCAAGUGGAGAGAUCAGUGUUUCCAGUAGCUCUUCAGGAAGCAGCGAUGCAUCCGGUGAAGGCUCCGGGACUGGAUCUGCACCCGGACCCACAGUAACUGAUAUACCAUUCAGUGGAUCUGGAUCUACGAUUGCCAUGGGAAGUGUUUCUGGAAAUGGCGAUCUGUCUGGUUCUGGCCCUGGCUUGGGUGGCAUGGCGGCUGAUGAACCCAAUCUGAGUGGCUCUGCCUCGGUAUCAGAAGGGAGCUCUGGUAGUGGAGAUCCUGCAACAGAUAGAACAUUGCCACCAGCAGCCCAACCUGUGGAAUCGGGAGCUGACUCGAUAUCUGGAGGUCUGUCCGGUUUAUCUGGUUUGGAGUCUGGAUCUGGUGCAAUGCAGCUCCAGGCUGGAUCAGGAGGGGUGAUUGGUGAUCCAGGAUCAGCAUCAGCAGCAAAGGAUCCUAGUUCUGAUUUGCUCCUAUCUGGUGGUUCUGCAUCAGGAUCUACACGGACAAAUUCUGGCGAUUCUCCACUUGAUUUGUCUUCCAGUGGAGGUGAUACGUCUAGUUCUGGAUCAGUAGAAGAUGAUGUGGAUGAUGCCGAUUCUCUCUCUGGCACCUCUGGAAAUCUACGGUCUGGCUUCGGGUCUUCUACCGGGACUAGCAGUGGCAUGUUUUCAACAAUCACCACAAUGAUCAGUAACACCUUGUUCAGUACUAAUUCCCCGGCAACAACGCAAUCGGAAGAAGGAUCGAUCACCGAUGGAAACGCGAAUAGAAGAAGAAGAAGAUCUGUCUCCGCUUUUGAUAGCAUAUCUGGAUCCACUCCUUUUUCGGGCUCCGGGCAAGAAGCUAUGAGCAGUGGACAAGAAGCAUCAGCAACUGAUGGUGGUGGAAGUGGUUUACCCGAUAGUUCAAGUGCAAGUGCAUCCGCAGAUUCAGUUGACCGUGUCGAAAUAUCUGGUAGCUCCCCUGGAUCUGCCAUGGAGGUUAGCGGGGAUCUUCCUUCUGGUGACAGUGCUGGCACAGUUAUGUCUGGUGCUGGAAGUGGUCUACCCGAUAGUUCAAGUGCAUCCGCAGACUCAGUUGAUCGUGUUGAAAUAUCUGGCAGUUCCUCUGGAUCUGACAUUGAGGUUAGCGGGGACCUUCCUUCAGGCGACAGUGCUGACACAGUUAUGUCUGGUGAUUUGGACGCAAGUUUUGAUGCUAUACUCCCUGGUAGUUCAGAACGCUCAGGCAUAUCUAACAGUGGUGGCAGUUCUGGCAGCUUGGGCCAAUCCGGCAUGCCAGGAUUUUCUGGAUCUUCAGAUGACUCUGUCCAACUUGGUUCUGCGGAUAUGAUUUCAGGCUCGGUUGAUUCUUCUACCUCAGUGAGUGGAUCUGGCUUUGAUUUCAGCUCAGGAGACAGUUCUUCAGGCGAGGCCCAGUCCGGGAGCAGUGUCAGUGGUGAUAUCGGCUCGGCGGGACUAUCAGGCUCAGGUAGCGCUUCUGCAAGUGGUGAUGUACUCCUGUCUGGCAUUCCUCUAUCUGGUAGCGGUGAUGAGCAGUCUGCAUCUGCAAUCUCUGGUAGUGGCACUGCCUCAGGCAGUGGCAGUUCUGGAAACUCUGGUAAUGGCGUCACCUCUGGACCAUCACCGCAAGCACCAACAGAUCAGCCACCGAUUCCGUUCACAACACCAUGCUCUAUGCUGGCGGUGUGUACUAAUCUACCUGGAUCGUUCAUCUGUGAAUGCCAAGAGGGAUUUGUUGGUGAUGGCUUCCAGUGUAUAAGAGCUCCGUGUCCACUACUCGAGAGCAUAGCGAAUGGCACAGUGAACCGAUCAAGGGAGGGAGGUCGCUUUCCGGGCGCGUCGCUCUUCUACUCCUGCGAUGUUGGGUUUCGACUGCAAGGCGCUGAUCUGCUGACAUGCGAGCUGUCUGGAAACUGGAGCAACGACGAGCCGAUUUGUUUGGAUAUUGAUGAGUGUGAUGUUCUGCCUCGUCAACCCAUGAUGUCAUCAGCGAUGUCGUUCUUCAACAGCUCGCUAAGUGGGUCCGGCGGCAUUGGCAGUGAAAGUGGCUCAUCGUUCCCAGCCAGGGCAUCAGGCAUACCAGAUAGUGGAUCUGGCUCAGCCAGUUCUGGCCCGGGUGAAGAUGACACUAUCAGUGGUGUCUCUGCCAGCACAUCAGGCUCAGGUGGCACCUCAGGAGUACAAUCAACAUCAAGUGGCUCAGGGAGUGCAGUGGGACUAUCAGAAAGCUCAGACGAUCAGUCCACCAUGGUGUCAGGUUCGGGACUUCAAGAAUUUUCUGCAAGCGGAUCAGCAUCAAGUUCGACAGGUUCAGGUGGCUCGGGUGUCAGCGGCGAGGAUGAGGAUGUGGAUGUGGUGGAAAUGCCGUGUGCUAGAGCUGCAGUCUGUAUCAACGUCAUAGGAUCAUUUCGCUGUGAAUGCCUUCCGGGAUUCAUGGGUGAUGGCCAAAUUUGCAGACGCACGUUUUGCCCAGGAUUAGCUGUACCAAGUUUUGGGUUCGUCAACGCUACAGCAGUCAAUGGCACAACUGAUAUGGCCGCUGUGAAUAGCAGCAUCGAGUUCAACUGCUCAACAGGAUUUGAACUCCGCGGUGAAUCUGUCUUGACGUGCCAGGAAUCUGGAGCAUGGAGUGGGGCAGAACCAGAGUGCAUAGACAUCAAUGAAUGUAUGCUGCCUGUCAGCUUUUCCGGUGGUGGCCCUUACUACAAUCUCUCGAUAGAUGACAUAGAGUUGAGUGGACGAUCAGCUCGGGGAAGCGUGACAGGCUCUGGAUCAGCGUCAGGAAGCGGUCUCGCGCAAUCUGGUUCUGGGUCAGUAUCAGGCAGUGGUCUGUCGCAAUCCGGCUCUGGUGAGGCUUCUGGCAGUGGAGGAAGUACCCCUGGGUUCUUUCAGCAGUGCGGGCAGAAUGCAGACUGUGUCAAUCUGCCAGGCACAUUCACCUGUGCUUGUCCGGCAGGCACAACUGGCGAUGCAUUCACUGAGUGUGUGCCAGACACAACACUGGUCACGUGUCCUGGCUUGGUCACUCCGACGUUCGGACGGCUGAAUCUGACCAACACCACACAGACGACCGUGGGCACCACCGCUGUGUUCUCCUGCAUAGCCGGAUACCAACUAGUCGGAGAGGAUGUUCUCACCUGCCUGUCGACUGGUCAAUGGAGCGGGGUAGAGCCCACCUGCUCAUUGAUAAUUUGCCCUGGCCUGGAGCAGCCGUUGUUCGGCUUUCUCAAUGAUACCCGGGAAGGAGUGCUGGACCGCAGGGUUGAGUUCAAUUGUUCAGCUGGCUUUGAACUGGUUGGCCAGUCUGUGCUUAUGUGCCAAGAGAAUGGGUCAUGGAGUGGAGCUGAACCUAUUUGCCAAGCGGUGGAAUGUAUCGGACUUGUGGUCUCAGACUUGCUGGAGUUCAACACCACAGGAAGGGUGCUGAUCAACACUAGUGUGGUGUUUAGCUGCCCGUGUGGAUUUGAGCUAGUUGGUGACUCCGUGCUCCUGUGCCAGGAUAAUGGGACGUUCAGUGGUGCGCCUCCUACCUGCAGAGAUGUUGAUGAAUGUGAUACACUGGAUGCAAGUGGAUCUGAGGUGUCCAUAUCCGGUAGCGGCACUGGGUUCCCUUCUUUCGCAUCGGGUUCCGCCCUGUCAAGCAGUGGUUCAGCCCUGUCAAGCAGUGGUUCAGCUCUGUCAGGCAGUGGUUCAGGCAGCGGUGAUCCUACUCGUAGUCGAUGUCCUCAGAGAAGAUGCAGUCCGAAUGCUUUAUGCACGAACACAAUAGGAAAUUUCAGUUGUGCCUGUCUCAGUGGAUUCACCGGCGAUGGAUUCAACUGCACAUCGAUUCAAUGUCCAGAGCUCAUCGUGGUACAGCCUGCUAUGCUGAAUGACACCAGGAGAGUUGUGGGCACCAGCGUGGAGUUCACCUGUCCAUGCGGAUUCAACCUAUUCGGAGAGUCUGUGCUGACUUGCCAGGCAGAUGGCAACUGGAGUGCUGUAGAACCGACAUGUGAAGAUAUCAAUGAAUGCAAUAUCGUCAGCAGAGAAAUCACAGAACUAUCCAUGUCUGGAAGUGGAAUAGGACAAGUAUCUAUGUCUGGAAGUGCUUUGCCACCUUGGUCUGAUUCUGGUUCAUGGAGCGGUGGUUCCGGCAGUGGUUCAGGCAGUGGUGAUAUUCCACAGAUGGACUGUCUUCAGAGAAGAUGCAGUGAGAAUGCCACCUGUACAAACACAAUAGGAAAUUUCAGUUGUUCCUGUUUCAGUGGAUUCACUGGUGACGGAUUCAACUGCACAUCAAUUCAAUGUCCAGAGCUCAUCGUCAUAGAGCCUGCUAUGCUGAAUGACAGCAGGAGAGUUGUGGGCAUGAGCGUGGAGUUUAGUUGCCCAUGCGGAUUCAACCUAUUUGGAGAGUCUGUGCUGACUUGUCAGGCAGAUGGCAACUGGAGUGCUGUAGAACCGACAUGUGAAGAUAUCAAUGAAUGCAAUGUUGUCAGCAGAGAAAUCACAGAAUUAUCCAUGUCUGGAAGUGGAAUAGAACAAAUAUCUAUAUCUGGAAGUGGUUUACCACCUUGGUCUGAUUCUGGUUCAUGGAGCGGUGGUUCCGGCAGUGGUUCUGGCAGUGGUUCAGGCCGUGAUGAUAUUCCAGAUACUGUCUGUCCUCAGAGGAGAUGCAGUGAGAAUGCCGCCUGUACAAACACAAUCGGAAAUUUCAGUUGUUCCUGUUUCAGUGGAUUCACUGGUGAUGGAUUCAACUGCACGUUGAUUGAAUGCCCCCAGCUGGUCAUCAUAGAGCCUGCUGAGGUCAAUGACACCAACAGAGUUGUGAACACGGGUGUGGAGUUCAGUUGUCCAUGCGGAUUCCGUCUGGUUGGUGAGCCAGUGCUGACAUGUCUGGAAAGUGGUGAUUGGAGUGCAUUGGAGCCCAUUUGUAAAGAUAUCGAUGAAUGCAUCACUCCGCCAUUUUCUUUCGGUUCUGCACUGGGCUUAUCUGGAUCUGGAAGUGGUUCUGAUUUGACGUCUAGUCUUUGGGCCAGUGGUUCAGGCAGUGGUUCAGGCAGUGGUGAUAUUCCACAGAUGGAUUGCCCUCAGAGGAGAUGCAGUGAGAAUGCCACCUGUGCAAACACAUUAGGAAAUUUCAGUUGUUCCUGUUUCAGUGGAUUCACUGGUGAUGGAUUCAACUGCACAUUGGUUGAAUGCCCGCUAUUGAACGUGACGGCGCCGGUUGAGGUGAAUGACACCAACAGAGUGGUGAACACCAGUGUAGAGUUCAGUUGUCCAUGCGGAUUCUUGCUGGUGGGGGAGCCAGUGCUGACCUGUCUGGAGAAUGGAAACUGGAGUGAAUUGGAGCCGACUUGUGAAGACAUUGAUGAAUGCAUCACUCCACCCUUUUCGUUCAGUUCAGCACUGGGCUUAUCAGGAUCCGGCAGUGGUUCUGGCUCGACAUCCGGUAUUUGGGUCAGUGGUUCAGGCAGUGGAGAUACUCCAGACACUGUCUGUCCUCAGAGGAGAUGCAGUGAGAAUGCCACCUGUACAAACACAGUAGGAAAUUUCAGUUGUUCCUGUUUCAGUGGAUUCACUGGUGAUGGAUUCAACUGCACGUUGAUUGAGUGCCCAGUAUUGAACGUGACGGAACCAGCUGAAGUGAAUGAGACCAACAGAGUUGUGAACACGAGUGUGCAGUUCAGUUGUCCAUGCGGAUUCUUGCUGGUUGGUGAGCCAGUGCUAACGUGUCUGGAGAGUGGAAACUGGAGUGAACUGGAACCCAUAUGCAAAGACAUUGAUGAAUGCAUCACUCCACCAUUUUCUUUCGGUUCUGCAUUGGGAUUAUCGGGAUCUGCUAGUGGUUCUAGUUCGACAUCUGACCUUUGGUUCAGUGGCUCAGGUAGUGGUUCAGGCAGUGGUGCUACUCCAGGCACUGAUUGUCCACAGAGAAGAUGCAGUGGGAAUGCUACCUGCACAAACACAAUAGGAAAUUUCAGUUGUUCCUGUUUCAGUGGAUUUGCUGGUGAUGGAUUCAACUGCACGUUGAUCGAAUGCCCGAUAUUGAACGUGACGGAGCCUGCUGAGGUGAAUGACACGAACAGAGUGGUGAACACGAGUGUGGAGUUCAGUUGUCCAUGCGGGUUCUUGUUGGUGGGUGAGCCAGUGCUCACAUGUCUGGAGAAUGGAAACUGGAGUGGACUAGAGCCUAUAUGCCAAGACAUUGAUGAAUGCAUCACUCCACCAUUUUCUUUCGGUUCUGAACUGGGCUUAUCGGGAUCUGGUAGCGGUUCUGGUUCAUCAUUUAGCAUUUGGGUCAGUGGCUCGGGCAGUGGUGAUAUUGCAGACACGGAUUGUCCUCAGAGGAGAUGCAGUGGUAAUGCUACCUGUACAAACACAAUAGGAAACUUCAGUUGUUCCUGUUUCAGUGGAUUCACUGGUGAUGGAUUCAACUGUACAUUGAUCGAAUGCCCGAUAUUGAACGUGACGGAGCCGGCUGAAGUGAAUGACACCAACAGAGUGGUGAACACGAGUGUAGAGUUCAGUUGUCCAUGUGGAUUCUUGCUGGUGGGGGAGCCAGUACUGACCUGUCUGGAGAAUGGAAACUGGAGUGGACUAGAGCCUAUAUGUGAAGACAUUGAUGAAUGCAUCACUCCACCAUUUUCUUUCGGUUCUGCAUUGGGCUUAUCGGGAUCUGCCAGUGGUUCUGGUUUGACAUCUGGCCUUUGGUUCAGUGGCUCAGGCAGUGGUGAUACUCCAGACACUGACUGUCCUCAGAGAAGAUGCAGUGGGAAUGCCACCUGUACAAACACAAUAGGAAAUUUCAGUUGUUCCUGUUUCAGUGGAUUCACUGGUGAUGGAUUCAACUGCACCUUGAUUGAAUGCCCGAUAUUGAACGUGACGGAGCCUGCUGUGGUCAAUGACACCAACAGAGUGGUGAACACCAGUGUAGAGUUCAGUUGUCCAUGCGGAUUCUUGCUGGUUGGUGAGCCAGUGCUAACGUGUCUGGAGAAUGGAAACUGGAGCGAACUGGAACCCAUAUGCAAAGACAUUGACGAAUGCAUCACUCCACCAUUUUCUUUCGGCUCUCCAAUUGGCUUAUCGGGGUCCGGCAGUAGUUCUGGUUCAACUUCCAGCCUUUGGUUCAGUGGCUCAGGCAGUGGCUCAGGCAGUGGUGCUACUCCAGGCACUGAGUGUCCUCAGCGGAGAUGCAGUGAGAAUGCCACCUGUACAAACACAAUAGGAAAUUUCAGUUGUUCCUGUUUCAGUGGAUUCACUGGUGACGGAUUCAACUGCACAUUGAUUGAGUGUCCAGUACUGAAUGUGACGGAGCCUGCUGAGGUGAAUGACACGAGCAGAGUGGUGAACACCAGUGUAGAGUUCAGUUGUCCAUGCGGAUUCUUGCUCGUGGGGGAGCCCAUCUUAACGUGCCUGGAGAAUGGAAACUGGAGCGCAUUGGAGCCCGUUUGUGAUGAUAUUGAUGAAUGCAUCACUCCACCUUUUUCAUUUGCCACUAUGCUGGGCUUGUCGGGAUCUGGUAGUGGCUCUGGUUCUGGAUCCAGUUCAAGCAGUUCAUUUCUUACAUCUGGCCUUGGGACCAGCGGUUCAGGCAGUGGUGCUAAUCCAGACCCUGACUGUCCUCAGAGGAGAUGCAGUGAGAAUGCGACCUGUACAAACACAAUAGGAAACUUCAGUUGUUCCUGUUUCAGUGGAUUCACAGGUGAUGGAUUCAACUGCACGUUAAUACAAUGCCCUCCCCUGGUUGAGGCUGACUUCAUUCGGUUGAACGACAGCAGCCGGGGUGUUGUCAACACAACAGUGCAGUUCUGCUGCCCAUGUGGCUUCAACCUCGUGGGUGAGCCGCUGCUAACAUGCCUGGAGAAUGGUAACUGGAGUGCACUGGAGCCUACUUGCCAAGAUGUGGAUGAGUGCAGCAUUCUUCUCUCUUCCGGCUUGUCUGGGUCAGCAAGCGGGUCUACCAGUGGACUCGAGUUCAGCAGCUCUGGAUCUAGCUCUGGCUCUCUGCCGUACGGCACAGAGAGAAACACUUCGUGUACGGAUUGCUCGCAGACGCUGUGCAGUGAGGAUGCCUUGUGCCAAAACUCUAUUGGCAACUUCAGCUGUUCCUGCUUGCCUGGCUUUACAGGCAAUGGGUUCAAUUGCACCUUAAUCGAAUGCCCGGUACUGAAUGUCACAGAGCCGGCUAUGCUGAAUGACACCAGAAGAGUCGUGAACACCAGUGUCGAGUUCACCUGUCCAUGCGGAUUCACCCUCCUAGGAGAGUCGGUGCUGAUUUGUCGGGAAGAUGGCAACUGGAGUGCUCUGGAACCAAUUUGCGAAGAUAUCAAUGAAUGUAUCACUCCACCUUCUCUACUUGGUUCAUCCGGAUCUGGUAGCGGCUCAAGUUCUUCUUUGGUCCUGUGGAGUAGCACUUCAGGCAGUGGUGACAUUGCACAGAGGGACUGUCCACAGAGAAGAUGCAGUGAGAAUGCCACCUGUACAAACACAAUAGGAAACUUCAGUUGUUCCUGUUUCAGUGGAUUCACUGGUGAUGGAUUCAACUGCACAUUGAUUGAAUGCCCAGUACUGAAUGUCACAGUGCCGGCUAUGCUGAAUGACACCAGAAGAGUCGUGAACAUCAGUGUCGAGUUCACCUGUCCAUGCGGAUUCAACCUAUUCGGAGAGUCUGUGCUGACUUGUAUGGAAAAUGGCAACUGGAGCGCAUUGGAACCAAUUUGUGAAGAUAUCAAUGAAUGCCUGCCUUCAACACCUUCAAUCAGUUCUGCACUCGGCAUGUUUGGAUCUGGCAGUGGUUCUGGCUCGACAUCUGGCCUUUGGGCCAGCGGCUCAGGCAGUGGAGAUACUCCGGAAACUGUCUGUUCUCAGAGGAGAUGCAGUGAGAAUGCCACGUGUACAAACACAAUAGGAAAUUUCAGUUGUUCCUGUUUCAGUGGAUUCACUGGUGAUGGAUUCAACUGCACAUUGAUUGAAUGCCCAGUACUGAAUGUCACACAGCCUGCUAUGCUGAACGACACCAACAGAGUUGUGAACACCAGUGUGGCAUUCACCUGUCCAUGCGGGUUCAACCUCCUAGGAGAAGCGGUGUUGACUUGCCAGAAAGAUGGCAACUGGAGUGCUCUGGAACCAAGUUGUGAAGACAUUGAUGAAUGUAGUGUGCCUCCACCAGCCUGUACCGGUCUUGGCAGAUGCAGCGAGAACGCUACCUGUACAAACACAAUAGGAAAUUUCAGUUGUUCCUGUUUCAGUGGAUUCACUGGUGAUGGAUUCAACUGUACAUUGAUUGAGUGUCCUGCUCUGGAUGAAGUCGACUUUCUCAUUCCGAACGAUACCGAGAGAGCUGUCGUCAACACAACUAUUGGUUUCCGCUGCCAGUGUGGCUAUGAGCUAAUCGGUGAAUCGACGUUGACCUGUUUGGACAAUGGCACGUUCAGUGCCCAGCAGCCUUCUUGUCAAGAUGUGAACGAAUGCGAGGUUCUUCGCGCAUCUGGGAACCUAACCGAUGCAGAGUUGGCCAUGCUGGGUCUACCAUUGUUUCCCUGUCCACUUACAAGAUGUGACGUGAAUGCAGAUUGCACAAACACCAACGGGUCUUUUCUCUGUAGUUGUCAGCCUGCCUAUACGGGGAAUGGAACAAAUUGUGAAUUGAUUCAGUGUCCAGGGCUGGAAGCGCCCAUGUUUGGUAUGCUGAACGACAGCAGGCCAGGUGUUGUCAAUCGAAGCGUAGCAUUCAGCUGCUCCGCUGGUUUCCGCCUGCUUGGACUGUCACUUCUCACAUGUCAAGAGAAUGCAAGCUGGAGUGGCAAUGAGCCUGUCUGUGAAGAUGUGGACGAGUGCGUGCUUCUGGCUGCAAAUCCUUUCUCACUGAAUGAAGACGAUAUGCGAAUCCUGAACUCCACACAGCCAUGCCAUCCCAAUGCAAGUUGCACCAACACAAUUGGCAACUUCAGUUGCGCAUGUGACGCAAAUUUCACGGGAGACGGACGCAACUGCACGCUCAUACGGUGCUCGCCUCUGAUCACUCCUGCCAACGGCCUCAUCAACUCGAGCAACAGCGAUGUGUUUGGCAGAACGGUUUUCCAGUGCAUCAUGGGCUACCAGCUAGUUGGAUCAGACACCCUGCAGUGCUUGCCGAACGCCACCUAUGACAAUCCUGUACCAGUGUGCGUAGAUAUCAACGAGUGUGUGGUUAAUGCCACAAACAGUGGCGUAUGUGACCCAAACGCUAACUGCACGAAUACCAACGGUUCUUUCAUGUGCGCCUGUCGAUUUGGCUUUACUGGCAAUGGUACAUUCUGCGAGGAGGUGGCUUGUCCUUCCUUGCUCAGUGUUAUCCCUCCCAAUGGACGCAUUGUAGGUGAUUCGAGUGCACUAUUUGGAAGCAGCGUGCAGUUUUCCUGCGAUCCUGGCUAUGCUCUGAAUGGAACAUCGAACCUAACAUGUCAGAUCAAUGCCACUUAUGACAAUGAUGUGCCAAUCUGCUCAGAUAUCAACGAAUGCCAAACGGGCACACACAACUGCAGUCCUAAUGCAGUGUGUUACAACAGCAUUGGAUCCUUUGAUUGUAACUGCACCGAGAACUUCACUGGCGACGGAGUGAACUGCACAUUGAUCUCAUGCCCGUUAUUGCAAGCACCACUGAAUGGGAUCAUAAGCAAGCAAGACAACAUCAUCUUCGGCAUCACAACCUUCCAGUGUAGUACUGGCUUCAGUGUGGCUGGCUCAAUGAACCUGACGUGCCUGCGGAAUGCUAGCUAUGACUUUGCUCGUCCUACUUGCACCGAUAACAAUGAAUGUGUUGAAGGCAGUCAUACCUGUGACAGCAAUGCAAUGUGUGACAACACAAUAGGCUCAUUUCAAUGUGCAUGCACCUCUGGCUUCAGAGGGAACGGAACAUUCUGUGAAGGCUGCAGUAACACGACAUUUGGACCCCAGUGCCAGUUCGAUUGCAUAUGUGAUCGAGGUAUCUGCAAUCCCGUCAACGGCCACUGUGCCUGUUUCAACGGAUCCAUUGGUGCAGCAUGCAACGAAACUUGCAUGAACAACACGUUUGGUCAGAAUUGUUCGGCUGAAUGUCGGUGCAUGAACGGAGCAACGUGUGAUCCGGUCGACGGCUCUUGCACAUGCUUGCCAGGCUUCAUAGGAGCAUACUGCGAAAAACCCUGCUCCAAUAAUACCUUCGGCGUGGACUGCGAACGUUUCUGCUUUCAAGUCUGUGACAAUGAUGCCUCCUGUGAUUUCCAAAAUGGAAGCUGCUUCUGUUUACCCGGAUUUCUCCAGCCAAAUUGCUCCAACCGAGUCCCCUGUGCUGAACCGGAGGCAGUUGCCAAUGCCAAUCCUCCCAUGGUGUCCGGUCCUGAAGGAGAAGUGUUCCUGUUUGACCAUCAAGUGCUGUAUGAGUGCCUGCCUGGGUACAACAUUGGCGGAGGUGACUUGGUACGGGUUUGUCAGGCCGACGGAAACUUCAGCGGCAUACCGCCGGUCUGUGAAGAUAUUGAUGAAUGUUCCAACGUGACACUAAAUAACUGUGAUUCCAACGCCACCUGCACCAAUCUAAACGGAACGUUUCAGUGUGAUUGUAAUUUCGGUUACAGUGGACCGGGAACAGUUUGCCAAGCUCUACAAUGCCCCGCACCACCGGAGCGCAGCAAUGGCCGGUUUGUGCAGGAACUCGAUUCCCGUGCACCGCAGAUUAACUACUCUCUGAAUGCUCGGCUCACACUGAUUUGUGAUCCAAACUACGAGAUCGUUGGAAUCGCUACCCUACUAUGUUUGGGAAGUGUGUGGAAUGAGGACGUCUUUCCAAGCUGUCAAGAUGUUGAUGAAUGUCUCCUGUUCUCCAGUGCUAGUGCAAGCUACAGUGGUGUGUCAAGUGGUAGUGGUGACGGUAGCGGCAGUGCUAGUGGCUCUGGUCUACAGCAAUGUGACCAGUUUGCUAACUGUACAAACACUGACGGAGGUUUCUUUUGCACGUGUGAAACUGGCUUCUCUGGAGAUGGAUUUGACUGUGCCGAUAUAGAUGAGUGUAUUGCUGGAGGCAGUCAUAACUGUGAUCCGAACGCAACCUGUAGUAACACACAGGGAUCAUUCUCCUGUAGUUGUAAUGCUGGGUAUAUGGGCAAUGGAACUCUGUGUGAAGAUGUUGAUGAGUGUCUUCCAUUAUCAAGUGGCAAUGACAACCUUAUGGAUGGGAUAAGCGGCAGUACUAGUGGAAGUGCUAGUGGCUCUGGUCUCGGUCCAUGCAGUCUGUUUGCCAACUGUACGAACACAGUCGGAAGUUUCCUUUGCACGUGUCAAACUGGCUUCUCUGGAGAUGGAUUUAACUGUGCCGAUAUAGAUGAGUGUAUUGCUGGAGGCAGUCAUAAUUGUGAUGCAAAUGCAACCUGUAGUAACACACAGGGAUCAUUCUCCUGUAGUUGUAAUGCUGGAUAUAUGGGCAAUGGAACUCUGUGUGAAGAUGUUGAUGAGUGUCUUCCAUUAUCAAGUGGCAAUGACAACCUUAUGGAUGGGAUGAGCGGCAGUGCUAGUGGCUCUGGUGUGGGUCCAUGUAGUCUGUUUGCCAACUGUACAAACACAAUCGGAAGUUUCUUUUGCACGUGUCAAACUGGCUUCUCUGGAGAUGGAUUUAACUGUGCCGAUAUAGAUGAGUGUAUUGCUGGAGGCAGUCAUAAUUGUGAUGCAAAUGCAACCUGUAGCAACACACAGGGAUCAUUCUCCUGUAGUUGUAAUGAUGGAUAUAUGGGCAAUGGAACUCUGUGUGAAGACAUUGAUGAAUGUUCCAAUGUGACGCUAAAUAACUGUGAUUCCAAUGCCACCUGCACCAAUCUAAACGGAACAUUUCAGUGUGAUUGCAAUUUCGGAUACAGUGGAUCGGGCACAGUUUGCCAAGAUGUUGAUGAAUGUCUCCUAUUCUCCGGUGCUAGUGCAAGCGACAGUGGUCUGUCAAGUGGUAGUGGUGACGGUAGUGGCAGUGCUAGUGGCUCUGGUCUACGGCAAUGUGACCAGUUUGCUAACUGUACAAACACGGAUGGAGGUUUCUUUUGCACAUGUCAGACCGGCUACUCAGGGAAUGGUUUUGACUGUGCAGAUAUAGAUGAGUGUGAAACUGGAGGCAGUCAUAACUGUGAUCCAAACGCAACCUGUAGCAACACGCAGGGAUCAUUCUCCUGUAGUUGUAAUGCUGGCUAUAUCGGCAAUGGAACUCUGUGUGAAGACGUUGAUGAGUGUCUUCCAUUAUCAAGUGGCAAUGACAAUCUUAUGGAUGGGAUAAGCGGCAGCGUUAGCGGAAGUGCUAGUGGCAGUGCUAGUGGCUCUGGUCUGGGUCCAUGCAGUCUGUUUGCCAACUGUACGAACACAGUCGGAAGUUUCCUUUGCACGUGUGAAACUGGCUUCUCUGGAGAUGGAUUUAACUGUGCCGAUAUAGAUGAGUGUAUUGCUGGAGGCAGUCAUAACUGUGAUGCGAAUGCAACCUGUAACAACACACAGGGAUCAUUCUCCUGUAGUUGUGAUGCUGGCUAUAUGGGCAAUGGAACUCUGUGUGAAGAUAUUGAUGAAUGUUCCAACGCGACACUAAAUAACUGUGAUUCCAAUGCCGCCUGCACCAAUCUAGACGGAACGUUUCAGUGUGAUUGCAAUUUCGGUUACAGUGGACCGGGCACAGUUUGCCAAGAUGUUGAUGAAUGUCUCCUAUUCUCCAGUGCUAGUGCAAGCUACGGUGGUCUAUCAAGUGGUAGUGGUGACGGUAGUGGCAGUGCUAGUGGCUCUGGUCUACGGCAAUGUGACCAGUUUGCUAACUGUACAAACACGGACGGAGGUUUCUUUUGCACGUGUCAAACUGGCUUCUCUGGAGAUGGAUUUGACUGUGCAGAUAUAGAUGAGUGUGAAGCUGGAGGAAGUCAUAACUGUGAUGGGAAUGCAACCUGUAGCAACACACAGGGGUCAUUCUCCUGUAGUUGUGAUGCUGGCUAUAUCGGCAAUGGAACUCUGUGCGAAGACGUUGAUGAGUGUCUUCCAUUAUCAAGUGGCAAUGACAAUCUUAUGGAUGGGAUAAGCGGCAGCGUUAGCGGAAGUGCUAGUGGCAGUGCUAGUGGCUCUGGUCUGGGUCCAUGCAGUCUGUUUGCCAACUGUACGAACACAAUCGGAAGUUUCUUUUGCACGUGUCAAACUGGCUUCUCUGGAGAUGGAUUUAACUGUGCCGAUAUAGAUGAGUGUAUUGCUGGAGGCAGUCAUAACUGUGAUGCAAAUGCAACCUGUAGCAACACACAGGGAUCAUUCUCCUGUAGUUGUAAUGCUGGAUAUAUGGGCAAUGGAACUCUGUGUGAAGAUAUUGAUGAAUGUUCCAACGUGACACUAAAUAACUGUGAUUCAAAUGCUGCCUGCACCAAUCUUAAUGGAACGUUUCAGUGUGAUUGCAAUUUCGGUUACAGUGGACCGGGCACAGUUUGCCAAGAUGUUGAUGAAUGUCUCCUAUUCUCCAGUGCUAGUGCAAGCUACAGUGGUCUGUCAAGUGGUAGUGGUGAUGGCAAUGCCAGUGCUAGUGGCUCUGGUCUACGGCAAUGUGACCAGUUUGCAAACUGUACAAACACGGACGGAGGUUUCUUUUGCACAUGUCAAACUGGCUUCUCUGGAGAUGGAUUUGACUGUGCAGAUAUAGAUGAAUGUAUUGCUGGAGGCACUCAUAACUGUGAUGCGAAUGCAACCUGUAGCAACGCACAGGGAUCAUUCUCCUGUAGUUGUAAUACUGGAUAUAUGGGCAAUGGAACUCUGUGUGAAGAUAUUGAUGAAUGUUCCAACGUGACACUAAAUAACUGUGAUUCAAAUGCCGCCUGCACCAAUCUAAACGGAAAGUUUCAGUGUGACUGUAAUUUCGGCUACAGUGGACCGGGCACAGUUUGCCAAGAUGUUGAUGAAUGUCUCCUAUUUUCCGGUGCUAGUGCAAGCUACAGUGGUCUGUCAAGUGGUAGUGGUGAUGGCAGUGGCAGUGCUAGUGGCUCUGGUCUAUGGCAAUGUGACCAGUUUGCAAACUGUACAAACACGGACGGAGGUUUCUUUUGCACAUGUCAAACUGGCUUCUCUGGAGAUGGAUUUGACUGUGCAGAUAUAGAUGAGUGUGAAGCUGGAGGAAGUCAUAACUGUGAUCCGAAUGCAACCUGUAGCAACACACAGGGGUCAUUCUCCUGUAGUUGUAAUGCUGGCUAUAUGGGCAAUGGAACUCUGUGUGAAGACGUUGAUGAGUGUCUUCCAUUAUCAAGUGGCAAUGAUAACCUUAUGGAUGGGAUGAGCGGCAGUGUUAGUGGCAGUGCUAGUGGCAGUGCUAGUGGCUCUGGUCUCGGUCCAUGCAGUCUGUUUGCCAACUGUACGAACACAGUCGGAAGUUUCUUUUGCACGUGUCAAACUGGCUUCUCUGGAGAUGGAUUUGACUGUGCCGAUAUAGAUGAGUGCAUUGCUGGAGGCAGUCAUAAUUGUGAUGCAAAUGCAACCUGUAACAACACACAGGGAUCAUUCUCCUGUAGUUGUAAUGCUGGCUAUAUCGGCAAUGGAACUCUGUGUGAAGAUAUUGAUGAAUGUUCCAACGUGACACUAAACAACUGUGAUUCAAAUGCCAUCUGCACCAAUCUAAACGGAAAGUUUCAGUGUGAUUGCAAUUUCGGCUACAGUGGACCGGGCACAGUUUGCCUAGAUAUUGAUGAAUGUCUCCUAUUCUCCGGUGCUAGUGCAAGCGACAGUGGUCUGUCAAGUGGUAGUGGUGAUGGCAUUGGCAGUGCUAGUGGCUCUGGUCUACGGCAAUGUGACCAGUUUGCUAAUUGUUCAAACACGGAUGGAGGUUUCUUUUGCACCUGUCAGACCGGAUACUCAGGGAAUGGUUUUGACUGUGCAGAUAUAGAUGAGUGUAUUGCUGGAGGCAGUCAUAACUGUGAUGCGAAUGCAACCUGUAGCAACACACAGGGAUCAUUCUCCUGUAGUUGUGAUGCUGGCUACAUGGGCAAUGGAACUCUGUGUGAAGACGUUGAUGAGUGUCUUUCAUUUUCAAGUGGCAAUGACAACCUUAUGGAUGGGAUGAGCGGCAGUGCUAGUGGCAGUGCUAGUGGCUCUGGUGUGGGUCCAUGUAGUCUGUUUGCCAACUGUACAAACACGGACGGAAGUUUCUUUUGCACGUGUCAAACUGGCUUCUCUGGAGAUGGAUUUAACUGUGCCGAUAUAGAUGAGUGUAUUGCUGGAGGCAGUCAUAACUGUGAUGCGAAUGCAACCUGUAGCAACACACAGGGAUCAUUCUCCUGUAGUUGUAAUGCUGGAUAUGUGGGCAAUGGAACUCUGUGUGAAGCUCGUCAAUGUCUGCCUGACCUCCUAGCACCUGAGAACGGUCGUUUGAACUUGACAUCUCCGACGUUCAACAACACGGCAAUCUUUAGCUGCGACCCAGGGUACUUCAUAGGCGAUGGCCAGGACUCUGUGCUCUACUGUCAAGCUGAUGGAACAUGGAACGGUUCUGAGCCACAGUGUCAAAUUGUUAACUGUCGCACUCUGAGUGCAGUGGCCAACGGUCGACUGUCCACGCUGAACACCAGCUUCAUGACAGUUGCACAGUUUGAGUGCGUCAGCGCUGGAUAUCGUCUCAGCGGUCUGCCCUACCUGCAGUGUCUGGCCAGUGGGAACUGGUCGGGUGCUGAGCCAGAGUGUCUUGAUGUUAAUGAAUGUGGAGAGAGCGAUGUCGGAAGCAGUGGCAGUGGGAGCGGUAGUGGCAGUGGGAGCGGUAGUGGAAGUGCAAGUGGUGGUUUCAUGUUUCGAAUUUGUGGCAGCAUGAUGUACUCUGCGAGUGGACUGAGUCAGAAUGUUGGAAGCAGCAUGUUGAGCGGCAAUGGUAUGAGUGGCAGUGGAAGCGUGGCCAGCAGAGGCAUGAACAGUGGAGACAUUGCCAGUGGAGACAUUGCCAGUGGAAGCAUGGGCAGUGGAGACAUAGCAAGCGGUAGUGGUGGUGCUCUGGAGCUCCAGUGUGAUCGCAAUGCAGCCUGCAGCAAUACGAUUGGGAACUUCACAUGCACGUGUUGUCCCGGGUAUACCGGCACUGGAUAUGCCUGCACUGCACUACAAUGCCAAGAGCCACCGGAAGUUGACAAUGGUGUUUUUACCUUGACACCAGUCGAUGGUGCACCAGCGGUGAAUUACUCUCUAUACUCAAACCUAACUAUUGACUGCGCUGACGGCUAUGCAGUAAAUGGCUCUGUGUCAAUUCUAUGCCAGGAAGAUGAAAACUGGACUGCAGACUUUCCGUUCUGUCAAGAUGUGGAUGAGUGUGUUGUGACUGGUCCCCAUAACUGUGACAGCCGUGCUCUCUGUACCAACACACAAGGCUCAUUCAACUGUACUUGUCUUCUGGGCUAUACUGGGAAUGGCACUUUCUGCACAGAGAUCCUGUGUGAAGAGCCACCCAUGGAGGACAACGGAAUCUUUGUACAGCGGCUUGCGCCAGGAUUGCCGGCGGUUAACUACUCCUUACUGUCGAAUCUCACUCUGCUGUGCGAUGAAGGCUACGCGGUGAACGGCACCCAGACGAUACAAUGCCAGAGCGAUGAGAGCUGGUCCGCAGAGUUUCCAGUCUGCCAAGAUGUGGAUGAGUGUGUUGUGAAUGGCUCCCAUAACUGUGACAGCCGUGCUCUCUGUAGCAACACACAAGGCUCAUUCAACUGCACUUGUCUUCUGGGUUAUACUGGAAAUGGCACUUUGUGUACAGAGAUCCAGUGUGAGGAACCGCCUAGGGUUGAGAAUGGUAACUUCGCACUGCUCCUAGCAGCGGGCUUGCCACAGGUCAACUUUUCCCUCUUCGCAAACCUGAGUCUGACAUGUGCAGAAGGGUAUGAUGUUAGCGGGCUCCAGUUUAUUCAGUGUCAGACGGAUGGGAACUGGUCUGCAGAAUUUCCCUUCUGUCAAGAUGUGAAUGAGUGUGGCAGAAUUGAAUGUUCCGACUUUGGAUCAGGUAGUGGCUCUACUGGCGUUUCUGCUAGCGGCAUCAGUGGCACCAUCAGUGGCAUUGGCAGUGGCAUUGGAAGUGGCAGUGGAAGUGGCAGUGGAGAAGGUCCAUGCCAUACUGAUGCAUGUUGCACAAACACGGAUGGAUCGUUUGCCUGCCAGUGCUUUCGUGGAUACACUGGAAACGGGUUCACAUGUGAAGAUAUCAAUGAAUGCGAGACAUUGCCAUGUCAUCCAGACGCCAGCUGUACUAACCUGUCGCCAUCCUUUCAGUGCACCUGUAACGCUGGGUACACGGGAACAGGACUUCAGUGUGAACGAGUGCUGUGUGAAGUCAACAAUUUGCCUGAUAAUGUGGUGUUGGUGGAUGUUAGUGAUUCCCUAUUUGGGCUGGCUUCAUGCCCACAAACUGGCUCCGGUCUUGGUCCUGAUGGCGUCCCUACAUCCACUUCUGAGAGUAUCCUGAUCGCGUUUGAAAGCACAUUGAACGUGACCUGUUGCCCGGGCUACCGUCUGACAUCGACUAGUUUCCCGGUGUGUCAGGCAUCACAGACAUUAGCACCACCUGUGCCAAAUUGCAAUGAUAUAGAUGAAUGUCUGGAAGGCAGCCCUUGUCAUCCCAACGCUACAUGCACCAACAAUGUUCCUGGCUUUCAUUGUGUUUGCAAUGAAGGAUUUUCAGGAAAUGGAACGUUCUGUGAAGAGUACCUCUGUGAGCGCCCAACAACUGAUGAAACCAUAGUGAUCGAGACGGAAGGCACGCGAUUCUUCUUCAACUCCAGUUUGAUUGUGAGAUGUGCGACUGGCUAUGUGCCAGUAAUUGGCAGUAAUCGUACAGUCCGAACGUGUGGCGAAGGUCGGCAGUUCAAUGGCACAAGCCCUGUCUGUAGAGCUGUGCGGUGUCUUGUACCAGCAUCUAAUGAACGAAUGCACUUCAACUCAAGCCUGGUUCUGAACAACAGCAUUGCGUUCCCGAACGAGUUGCCUGUACGUUGCACUGCGGGUUAUCAGCUACCCACGGACCAGGUGUUGCAGACGUGUACUGCUACAGGUGAACUAUCACCUGUGGAGCCACCCAUGUGUGAUGAUGUGGAUGAGUGUGAAACUGGCAGUGGCAGUGGCAUCAGCAGCAGCAGCGACAGUGGUAGUGGUAGUGGUGGGGACAGCGGAGACGUCCUGUUCGGUGGAUCUGGAACUGGGUCAAACGACUGCCAUCCUGACGCUAUAUGCGGCAACACUGCUGGAUCAUUCAUAUGCACCUGUGGUUUGGGAUUUACAGGGAAUGGAACAUUCUGUGACAAUGUGCAAUGUCGAUUACUGAACGACUCUAUUCCAGCCAACGGCUUCAUUAUUGGCAACUCACAGGCUCUAUUUGGCAGCAGUGUGCGGUUCUCCUGUGUUCCUGGCUAUGCCAUUGCCGGUGCAGCAAAUCUGUCUUGUCUACAAAAUGGCACUUAUGACAGUCGUGCACCCACUUGUACAGAUAUCAAUGAGUGUGAGAUUGGCACACACAACUGUAGUCCAAAUGCAGUAUGCAGCAACAACAUUGGAUCAUUCGAAUGCAACUGCACAGAAAACUUCACGGGUGACGGCUUGACCUGCACGUUGAUUUCGUGCCCACUUCUGCCAGCCCCUCAGAAUGGCGCCUUAGCUGUGCAGGACAACAUCAUCUUUGGCAUCACAACGUUCCAGUGUAGCACUGGCUUUGACCUGACCGGCUCGAUGGACCUGACAUGCCUCCGCUCCGGUGAUUACAACUUCGCUCCUCCUAACUGCACAGAUAUGAAUGAAUGCGUGGAGAACCCAGAUAACUGUGAUAUCAAUGCGAUGUGCAGUAAUACGAUAGGCUCGUUUCAGUGCCAGUGCAACUCGGGAUUCUCCGGAGGCGGGAUUGUCUGUCAAGGCUGCAGUAACACGACUUUUGGCCCUCAGUGCCAGUUCGAUUGCGUGUGUGAUCGAGGUAUCUGCAAUCCCGUCAACGGCCACUGUGCCUGUUUCAACGGAUCCAUUGGUGCUGCAUGCAACGAAACUUGCAUGAACAGCACGUUUGGUCAGAACUGCUCGGCGGAAUGUCGGUGUAUGAAUGGAGCAACAUGCAAUCCGGUUGAUGGCUCUUGCGCAUGUGCGCCGGGCUACAUUGGUGAAAUUUGUCAAAAUCGUUGCACAGCUGGUGUGUUUGGACCAGAUUGCACUCGGUUUUGCUCCGAAGUGUGUGCUAACAACGCGGACUGCACUUUCCAGACUGGAGAUUGCAUCUGCCCUCCUGGAUUUCAACGGCCAAACUGUGCUAGUCCCUGCGAGGACGGCACUUUCGGUCAAGACUGCGCGCUGACCUGUCUCUGCCAGAAUGGAGCGGAGUGUGAUCGGGUGGACGGCAGCUGUACUUGUGUGCCUGGUUACAACGGAACGCUGUGCGAAGAGCAAUGUGAGGAGGGCACGUUUGGUGAUGGUUGUACAGGCCGCUGCUCCGAUCGGUGUGCCAACAAUGCUAGCUGUGAUUUCCGAACCAGCGUCUGCAUGUGUCCAAGCGGAUUUUUGCCACCAGACUGCGUUGCCAGAGUUGAAUGUGUUGAGCCUGAUCUGGUUGAGAAUUCAAAUCGAACUGUGUCUGGUCCCGAGGGAGAGGUAUUCCUGUUUGAUCACCGCGUACGGUAUACAUGCCUGCAAGGAUACAAUGUUAGUCAGGGAGACCUAGUACGAGUUUGCCAGAGUAAUGGAAGUUUCAGCGGCACGCCACCUGUCUGUGGAGAUAUUGACGAGUGUACCGACACCGAACUGAGCAACUGUGAUAGGAAUGCCACAUGCACCAACCUCCCCGGAUCCUUUGAAUGCAACUGUUCAUUUGGAUUCGCUGGGAAUGGCACCGAGUGCGAAGUAAUUCAGUGUGACACACCCACAGAGGAGCCCAGAAGGGUUUUUUUCCAGACACGUAACGAAGAUGCACCCCAAAUCGACUACUCUCUCCUGGCUGAGCUAGAUUUCAGCUGCGGACCUGGAUAUGACAUCGUCGGGGCAGACAAUAUUGUAUGCCUGCAGAACAGUCAAUGGUCUGACGACUUUCCUAUCUGUGAAGCUCGUCCUUGCCUGCCUGACCUGCAAGCACCUGAAAACGGCGAUUUGAACUUGACAUCUCCGACGUUCAACAACACGGCGAUCUUCAGCUGUGACCCAGGGUACUUCAUAGGCGAUGGCCAGGACUCUGUGCUCUACUGUCAGGCUGAUGGAACGUGGAACGGUUCUGAGCCGCAGUGUCAAAUCGUGACCUGUCCGGACCUGAGUGUGAUAGACAACGGCAACCUGUCAACAAGGAACACUACAUUCGAAACGAUUGUGGACUUUAACUGCAACAUUGGAUUCUAUCUGGAUGGUGCGACUGCGUUAGAGUGUAACGCUAGUGGCCAAUGGUCAGACAGUGAGCCGGUGUGUAUAGAUGAAAACGAAUGCGGUGAGGAUGACAUUGGCAACACCACCGUUAUGGACUUUGGAAACUGCGGCAGCAUGAGUGGUGGUGUCAGUUUAAUCGGCAGCAGCAUUGACGCCUCAUCUGGCAUGGAUCCAGACGCAGGCGAUAGCGACUACUCCGGAAGCGGAGUCAGUGGAAGUAACAGACGGUGUCACAUGAAUGCUGUAUGUAGAAACACUCCUGGCACCUUUACCUGUGAAUGCUGCCCCGGGUAUGCCGGCAGUGGUACAUCUUGUUUGGCAAUACAAUGCGAAGAACCUCCCAUGGUCGAAAAUGGCGACUUUAUCCAAACACCUGUUGAAGGUGCACCGGCCGUGAACUACUCUCUGUACUCAACCCUCACACUUGAAUGCAACGAUGGAUAUGACGUGAAUGGCACCAUGUCCAUACAAUGCCAACGGAACGAGCAGAGCUGGUCUUGGUCUGCGACAUUCCCAUCAUGUCAAGAUAUUGAUGAGUGCAAUCAAGGUAUGCGUGAGUGUCAUGAGAAUGCUGAUUGCAGUAAUACUGGAGGAUCCUUCAACUGUUCAUGUCUGCUAGGCUACACUGGGAAUGGAACAUUCUGCACAGAGAUCCAGUGUGAUGAACCUGAAGGCGUUGACAAUGGACAAUUUACCCUGCAGCUGGCAGAUGGUUUUCCAGCAGUCAACUAUUCCCAGUCGUCAACCCUAAGCCUGCAAUGUGAUACCAGCUAUGUUGUCUCAGGCAGUCAAAUUAUCCAAUGUCAGGAAAGUGGGAAUUGGUCUGCAGAGUUUCCAACCUGUCAAGACCUGGAUGAAUGCAGUGCUGGAGGAGGCCACAACUGUAGCCAGUUUGCCGAAUGUAGCAACUACGCCGGUGGUUUCAACUGCACUUGCAUGACUGGAUAUAGAGGAGACGGCGUCGAUUGCAGGAUUGUGACCUGUCCAGCGUUAAACACUCCAACAAACGGAUUGAUUUCAUCAGACAUUAUGGUUUUCAACACAUCGGUGAACUUCACCUGUAGCGACGGGUUUGAUCGGCGAGGUGAAGAGGUUUUGCACUGCUUGUCUAAUGGCAGCUGGUCUGCAUCUGAGCCACAGUGUCAAGACAGGGAUGAAUGUCAAAGUCUCUCGUCAGGGUCAGGCAACAGUGGCUCCGGUGGAAGUGAAAGCGGCGACAUUGGUAGUCUGAGCCUCGGUGACGAGGACGAAAGUGGAGUAGGAAGCAAUAUCUGCCCUGACAACUCCUUUUGUCGCAAUACGGUUGGGUCAUAUCUGUGCAUCUGUGAACAAGGGUUUGAAAAGAACGGAACCGUGACAAUGUGUCAAGAUAUCAAUGAAUGUCUAUCGGACACACCACUGUGUCACAUGCGGGCACAGUGUGACAACAAUGAGGGCAGUUAUGAAUGUUCAUGCAUUGAAGGCUACACAGGAGAUGGCACUGCAUGUGAAGAUAUUGAUGAAUGUGAAAAUGGCAAUGCCAAUUGCCACGCAAAUGCCACAUGUAACAACACAGAUGGAAGUUACCAAUGCACCUGCUCAAGAGGAUUCACUGGAAACGGCACUACCUGCCAAAAUCUAGACGAGUGUAUCGCAGGCGUACGUGCGUGUCACCCGAAUGCAACUUGCACGGAUACGUUUGGCAGCUUUACGUGCCAGUGCAUUGCUGGUUUAACUGGAGACGGACUCAACUGCUCUGAUAUUAAUGAGUGCACGGAUGACACUGCUAACGUUUCCUGUCAUGUGAACGCAACGUGUAGCAACACGUAUGCCAGAUUUGUAUGCUCUUGUGAUAGCGGCUUCACUGGUGAUGGAUUCAACUGCACAGAUAUUGAUGAAUGUCUAUUGGGCGAUCAGAGCUGUGAUAUAAAUGCUAACUGCACGAACACGAAUGGAAGUUUCCUUUGCACCUGUCAUGAUGGUUUCAGUGGUAAUGGCACAGGAUGUCAAGACAACGAUGAAUGUGUCAUGAACCAUGACUGUCAUGCAAAUGCAUCUUGCAACAACACGGCAGGGAGUUUUCAGUGUUCUUGUGACAAUGGAUUUACUGGAAACGGAGUGAAUUGUACAGAAAGCCAGGAUUUCAGACCUGUUCUAUCCAGCAGUCGGGACAAAGUGUAUUCAGGCAACAGCAACUUUCCACAGUCACAAGUCUAUUAG